AUGAAGUAGUUAUUGAGAAACAAUCUUGCCUAAUAGCAGACAUCUUUGAACCAAUUGUACUCUAAUAUCUCAAAGUAAGGGGUCAAGGAGAGUAAUAAAGGCUUCUCUCAACUAAGCAGAAGAUAAAUUUUGACAAGACAAAGAUCUCACAAUCAAAACUAGCAAGGACAUAGUUACAAAUAGCUUAUUUCAUUGCUAUUAUUGGGAGGUUGUACUAUGACAAUGUAAUCAUACUUCCCAGCUAAAAACAGAUUAUCAUCACUUGCUUAAGCAGAACAAGAUAAUACAACUUAGCAAUAGCUUGAGAGAGUAUCAAGCCAAGUAAGAGAAGAGCAUUUAUAACUUAAUAGUAAAGUCUAAGUUCUAUUUAUAUACUAUGAUUCGAGAUAAGCACUUUAAAGAGAAUUCAUGCAUGAUAUUGAGGUAAAAUCAAUAGUUGAAAAGCUUCUCAAAAAAUAUCCAAAUCUCAGUAUUGUAAAACUAGAUGUCAAUGAUCCUUCAUUUGCUGAAAACAAUUUAAAUCAAGAGGUUAUUAAUGUGGUUGAGUACGGUAAUAAUAAAAUUUCUAACAAAAAGAAACCAACUAUAUUCCUCAGAGCAGAUGACAGAAUAGUCAAAUUCAAGGCAAACUAUCUCAACAAAAAUUAUGAUUAAUUCAACACUGCCUUUUAGAAGGAAUCUUCUUUCUAUAUAAUCAAAUCAGUCAAAGAUUUAGCAGAGAGACUUAAUCAAUUCAACAAAUCCCUAAAUGACACAACAAUAGUGUAUGUUCAUGAUCCAUCAAAGGCGACUACUCCAACAGAUGGAACUUCUAAUGUGGAUACAAAGUAAAUUUCGUUCAGACUGAUGAGAUAAGAAACUGAGAAUCCAAUCUUAUAAAUAAACGACCUAGAGCUGGCGUAAAAGCUAAAUAUGCAGCCAGGAAAGUUCUAUUGCUAUUUCAAACCUUCAUUCAUCAACGGCUAUGAGCAAUACAUAGAUAAAGAUAUCAAUUUCUGCUAUCUUUAAGCAUAUGAAGGUAUUUGCAGAGAUGAAUUUUAAAUUAAUGAAGAAAAAGUACAAUCAGAGGAGUUCUCAAAUCAUCUCAAGAGAUAUAGAGGAUUCUAAACUGAAAAAUUUGCAAUUCAAAACUUUGAUCAAUACUUCACUAGAACUUUUACAGUAGAAUUUGUCUUCAAUCCAAACUUCUCUGAAUUCAAAAGAAAGUUCAAGACUGGAACCUCAUAAAAGCCAAUGAUAUUUAUAUAUUCACCAGCUAUGUAUAUGUCAAGAUAUAUUGGAGAAUUCAAGUAAGUACUUUAAAAUUACACGGAGGUAUUCGAUGUUUAUUAUACUGAAGAUCACAACGAGGCAUAAUAGCUUUUCUAUACCAAAGAGUUCCCAGACAUUUUCCCUUAUGUAGCAAUAGUUGAUACCAAAAAGAAGAAGGGCUUGAAAUCAAGUGCUGGUACUUUGCAUGAGCUUACUUUAGAAAAUAAUAACUUCUAUUUCUAGAAAUACAGAGAGAUCAUCUUUUUCAACGAUAUUCAGAAAAAUGUGAACAAGCUUAUUGAUAAAUUCUUGGAUGGAGAAGCUCAUCACUACUAUCAGUCUCAGAGAAUGAAUUAAGAGACCAGAGUGAAGAAGAUAUGCUCAGCUAACUUUGAGCAAUAAAUAUUGAAGAAUCCAAAGAUAGAGUAAUGCAUAGUUGAGGUAUUCAAGCAUGAUUGCCCAUCUUGCGCUUUUAAUGGUAAAGUAUUCAAUGUCUUCUCAAGAAAACUAGAAAAGCAUGGAUACUUAAAUAAAUUACCUCUAUAUCGUUUAAGCAUUGAUAAUAAAGUACCAUAGCUUGGCAAUUUUGGUUACUCACCCAUUUAUAUGUAUGUUAGAAAGAGAGGAAAUGAAAUAGUAGAGAUAAAGACCUUAGAUCCACCUCAAAGGCCAGAGGAAUUCUUGAAGUAAAUAGAAGAGCAUUCAAAGUUAAAGGGACUGACUGAAAAGAUAAAAAUCAAGGCAAGAGACUAGAUUAUAAAGCAUAUUAGACUUGAAGACCUCGAUGAAAACUUCGAUAUCGAUUUUGACACUGUUGAAGAGCCAUAGCCUGAGUUAUAACCUACAGAAUAAGCAUAAAAAGCAUGA